GAGCUGUCAGAGCGAACCAUGGCGGCCGCGGCGGCGCUCGGCUGCCGCUUCUCCGCGGCCCUGACCGGCGACUGCAUGGGAGUCGGUGUCCGCCGAGCCCGCGCCACCGUCCGCCACGGAGCCCAGGUAUUUGGAGCAGCUUCUGGGAUGCUUUCAGUGCAUGGCUUCCAACACAAUCAGCAGCAGCGGAGGAACCUGUCCUUACAUGAGUAUCUAAGUAUGGGAUUACUGAAAGAUGCAGGCAUCUCUGUUCCCAAGGGUCAAGCUGUUCGUACACCUGAAGAAGCAUAUGCUGUUGCUAAAGCAUUUGGUUCAAAGGAUCUUGUUGUCAAAGCACAAGUAUUAGCUGGUGGUAGAGGAAAAGGUGUAUUUGAAAGUGGUUUAAAAGGAGGAGUGAAAAUUGUUUAUUCUCCCGAGGAAGCCAGGGACACAUCUUCAAAAAUGAUUGGAAAGAAGUUGUAUACCAAGCAGACUGGAGAGAAAGGAAGGAUAUGCAACCAGGUUUUUGUCUGUGAGCGAAGAUAUCCCAGGAGAGAAUAUUACUUCGCAAUAACAUUGGAACGAUCCUUUCAGGGACCAGUAUUAAUAGGUAGCUCACAAGGAGGAGUCAAUAUAGAAGACGUAGCAGCUGAGAACCCUGAAGCAAUUGUCAAAGAACCUAUUGAUAUUAUUGAAGGCAUUAAGAGAGCGCAAGCUGUCAAGAUUGCACAGAAAAUGGGUUUUCCAGCUAAUGUUAUAGAAGAUGCAGCAGACAACAUGAUCAAAUUGUAUGAGGUUUUUAUCAAAUACGAUGCCAGUAUGAUUGAGAUAAACCCUAUGGUGGAGGAUGCAAAUGGAAAUGUGAUGUGCAUAGAUGCGAAGAUAAACUUUGAUUCUAAUGCUGCUUUUCGGCAAAAGGAAAUAUUUGCCCUUCAGGACUGGAGCCAAGAGGAUGAACGAGAAAGGACAGCAGCUCAAGCAAAUCUCAAUUACAUUGGACUAGAUGGAACCAUCGGUUGCUUGGUAAAUGGUGCUGGUCUGGCCAUGGCCACUAUGGAUAUAAUAAAACUUCAUGGAGGAACACCUGCCAAUUUUCUUGAUGUAGGUGGUGGGGCAACAGCUCAGCAAGUGAAAGAAGCAUUUAAGCUUAUUACUUCAAACAAAAAGGUACUCGCUAUUCUGGUAAAUAUAUUUGGUGGGAUCAUGCGCUGUGAUAUUAUUGCUCAAGGUAUCAUUAUGGCUGUAAAAGACUUAGAAUUGAAGAUUCCUAUUGUUGUUAGAUUGCAAGGUUCUAAGGUUGAUGAUGCUAAAGCACUGAUUGCUUCCAGCACCCUCAAGAUUUUAGGAUGUGAUGACUUGGAUGAAGCUGCUAAAAUGGUUGUAAAGCUUUCAGAAAUAGUAUCUUUGGCAAUGGAGGCUCAGGUGGAUGUCAAGUUUGAGCUGCCAAUUUAAGACGUACAUUAAGGAAACUAUUCCUAGCCGCUUAAUGUGUUCUAGAUUGUGGUAUUCCUCUUAAACUGUUUCUUUUUUCUUUAUUCUUGUGAACACAAGUUAUGGUACUGCAAGAAAUAUAAUUUUGACUUGUUAGCAUGGACCUUUUUUAUAUACUGUAUUGUGAUGGUUCUCCAAAUGCAAAGAAACAGGCAGAAACCAGAUGUGAUGCAGAUGUAUUUUCAGAAAUGUUCAACAAUCCAUCUAAUUAAAUGCGCACAUAUUAAAUAAAGCUUUCAAGACCCAUUGACAACUCACAAAUUCAGCUGCAGGUCCAAAGAUGCAGCUAAGUGGUAGAAGCAGUUAUGUCUUCACAUUGGGCAUUGCUUUUCAUCUGGCUUCCCCUGUAGUCUAUGCAUUUAGUUACUGUAAAGUGUAAAGUUAUUUGCUAACUAAGUACCUGCACUUUUGUCUCAAUUGAAACUAUUUUCUGGGAUGCAAUUUAUGCACUGGAUAUUAACUCAGUUAUUGUAAUAAUUUAUAUUGGAAAGUCAAAUCUAUCUAACAUAGAAUACUCCUUACUGAGAAUUACCAGGUGCUACCAUUAUAUGAAUGCAUUAUAUUUAUUUGUAAACAAAUAUCUGAACACUUCAAAAUAAUUUGGGGUAAAUUAUGAUUUGAGCUUAAUUAAUGAAUGUGUUAAUCAUACUUGUAAAGAAGCAUUUGUAAAGAAAAUGCCUUUUCCAUGUCAAAGGAAAAUCCUUUGCCUUUAUGUAUGUCAAAGGAUGUUUGUUGCUGCUGUUUUGUUUGACAUUGGAGAAUGUGGAAUAAUUUGUUGUUUAAAAAUACAUUGAAUUGUUCCGUUGUGAAUGUAAUGAGAUAUUUGUGCAAAUAUGUUAUUUAAACCUUGGAAGUAAGUGUUGGGAGAUUUUCAUAUGAAUUAUCAAACAUCUGCCUACACUGCAGAAAUAAAUCAUCUGUGCAAAUCUGCUUUUUGUAACUAUGUUCCUCUAUGCAAAAUGCCAUUAUUUAGUUUUACUCAUGUUUAUAUCUGUGUUCUGUCUAAAUAAAAUUGUUAUUGUUGCAAUA